AUGGAGCCGGCCCCCUCCGCCGGCGCCGAGCUGCAGCCCGCGCUCCUCGCCAACGCCUCGGACGCCUACCCCAGCGCCUUCCCCAGCGCGGGCGCCAAUGCGUCGGGGCCACUGGGCGCACGGAGCGCCUCGUCUCUCGCCCUGGCCAUCGCCAUCACCGCACUCUACUCGGCGGUAUGCGCCGUGGGGCUGCUGGGCAACGUGCUCGUCAUGUUCGGCAUCGUGCGGUACACGAAGAUGAAGACGGCCACCAACAUCUACAUCUUCAACCUGGCGUUGGCUGAUGCUCUGGCCACCAGCACACUGCCUUUCCAGAGCGCCAAGUACCUGAUGGAGACGUGGCCCUUCGGGGAACUGCUCUGCAAGGCUGUGCUCGCCAUUGACUACUACAAUAUGUUCACCAGUAUCUUCACUCUCACCAUGAUGAGCGUCGACCGCUACAUCGCCGUCUGCCACCCCGUCAAGGCCCUGGACUUCCGCACGCCUGCCAAGGCCAAGCUGAUCAAUAUCUGCAUCUGGGUGUUGGCCUCGGGUGUUGGUGUACCCAUCAUGGUCAUGGCUGUGACCCGUCCUCGGGACGGGGCGGUGGUGUGCAUGCUCCAGUUCCCCAGCCCCAGCUGGUACUGGGACACGGUGACCAAGAUCUGCGUGUUCCUCUUCGCCUUCGUGGUGCCCAUCCUCGUCAUCACCGUGUGCUACGGCCUCAUGCUGCUGCGCCUGCGCAGCGUGCGCCUGCUGUCGGGCUCCAAGGAGAAGGACCGCGGGCUGCGGCGCAUCACGCGCAUGGUGCUGGUGGUGGUGGGCGCCUUCGUGGUGUGCUGGGCGCCCAUCCACAUCUUCGUCAUCGUCUGGACGCUGGUGGACAUCGACCGGCGCGACCCGCUCGUCGUGGCCGCGCUGCACCUGUGCAUCGCGCUCGGCUACGCCAACAGCAGCCUCAACCCCGUGCUCUACGCCUUCCUCGACGAGAACUUCAAGCGCUGCUUCCGCCAGCUCUGCCGCGCGCCCUGCGGCCGCUCCGAGCCCGCCGGCUUCAGCCGCGGGCGCGAGGCCACUGCCCGCGAGCGCGUCACCGCCUGCACCCCGUCCGAUGGCCCAGGCGUUGGGGGCGCGGCCGCCUGA